UAAAAUGGCAAAGAAUUUGAUAGACAGUCAUCCAAAGCCGGGUUGUACAGAGGCAGCCGCAGCAACACACACAGCCGUCUGUUGAGUCGCUGGCGGGAUAGAAGACCGAAAGGCCUGCUUCAGAGGGAGGAUGAACACUUUAGAGGAAGAGAACUUCUUACUGUCUUUCUCCUCCAUCUCUGGUGAACAAUUUUAUGCUGUAGCUGGAUACUAUAUUAUGCUGGAUAACGUGUUACAGUUAUUACAGAGAAAUUUCUUGGACAAAUACUGUCAGGAACUUGAAGACACAUUAAAGAAUAAAUUCACCUACAUGCCUACUUUUAGUGAAUAUAUUUCUUUGGUAGAAAAGUAUAUUAAAGACCAGCUGCUGGGGCAGAUGCUUGGAUUUAACACGGCAGCCUUUACGACAUUACAGCACCAUAAAGAGGAAGUGGUUGGUGACAUAUUUGACAUACUGUUCACAUUUACAGGUUUGAUAGCAUUUAAAGAACGAUUUCUGGACUACAAAGAAGAAAACCAAGGCUGA